GCACCUGUUUGCUAACCUCGGAGCAACCUCUUCCGCGCACCGCAACCUCGGUCUGAGAGCCCAGGAUACUCUCUGGUGCUUGCUGGCACCCAAGACCGUGCCCAUACAGCCCCUCUACCUUUUGUUUGGGUAGGGUCAUCGAGAGCGCCGGAGGGAAUCGCCUGGCUUUCAGGGACCACUUUUGUCUGGAACCACUCCUGCCAACGUAGCCUAGUCCCUCUGCUGUGAGACCAUCGCUCCACCGGGAGUGCCAAUUUCUGUGUAUUAAAGGUGACAAGAUUUGCAGUCACCUUGCCAGAAACUCUUUUGUAUCUUUGGGUGACUUAAAAACUCCAUCCCAAACUGUCUUUUGUGGGGCUGCCCUUUUUGUUUUACUGUAGGGUCGCCCGCCCGGCGCCCCUAGUCUUUAUCUGAGGGCGGAAAUGGCCAAUUCGGGCCUCCAGUUGCUAGGUUUUUCCAUGGCUCUGCUGGGUUGGGUGGGCCUGGUGGCUUGCACCGCCAUCCCGCAGUGGCAGAUGAGCUCGUAUGCGGGCGACAAUAUCAUUACAGCCCAGGCCAUGUACAAGGGACUGUGGAUGGACUGCGUCACGCAGAGCACGGGCAUGAUGAGCUGCAAAACGUACGACUCAGUGCUCGCCUUGUCUGCGGCCCUCCAGGCCACUCGAGCCCUAAUGGUGGUAUCCCUGGUGCUGGGCUUCCUGGCCAUGUUUGUGGCCACGAUGGGCAUGAAGUGCACGCGCUGUGGGGGAGACGACAAAGUGAAGAAGGCCCGUAUAGCCAUGGGUGGAGGCAUCAUUUUCAUCGUGGCAGGUCUUGCUGCCUUGGUAGCUUGCUCCUGGUAUGGCCAUCAGAUAGUGACAGACUUCUAUAACCCCUUAAUCCCCACAAAUAUUAAGUAUGAGUUUGGCCCUGCUAUCUUUAUUGGCUGGGCAGGAUCUGCUCUGGUCCUCCUAGGAGGUGCACUGCUCUCUUGCUCCUGUCCUCGGAGUGAGAGCAAAGCUGGGUACCGUGCACCCCGUUCCUACCCUAAGCCCAACUCUGCCAAGGAGUACGUGUGAGCUGGGACCCCCUUGCCCCAGCCUGACAGGCUGUGGAUGUGCCCAGAUGCCUGAAAGGACCUGUAGGCAGUGCUCAGCCUGUAGGCAGGGUGUGGGACAAAGGCUUCCAGGUCAUUCCAUCCCCGCACACCAUGUACAGUUCUCUAGGGGAUUGGGUGGGGGGGGGGAGACAAAAAGAGGGGAGGAUGUGCUUUUUGUACAGUAAUAAAAAAUAAGUUUUGGAAAGCA